AUGGGACCACCAGGCUUUCGUGGCAGAGGAGGUGGUGGAGGUGGUGGCUUUAGAGGAGGAGGAGGAGGGGGUGGCUUUAGAGGAGGAUCAAGAGGAGGGGGCAGAGGAGGAAGAGGUAGUUUUAGAGGUGGACGUGGAGGAGGUGGAUACCAAGAUUAUGGUCCUCCAGAGGAGGUGAUGGAACUAUGUCACUUUGUGCACCCCUGUGAGGAUGAUUUGGUUUGUAAAUGCACAAAUGAGAAGAUUCCAUACUUCAAUGCCCCUCUGUACUUGGAGAACAAACAACAAAUUGGGAAAGUGGAUGAGAUAUUUGGAUCAAUUCGAGACUACUAUGUAUCAGUAAAACUCUCCGAUGACAUGAAGUCAAAAUCAUUUACAAAGGAUACAAAGUUUUUCAUAGAUCCUGCAAAACUAUUACCACUUCAAAGAUUUCUACCGCAACCUAAAGGAGCUGGGAGAGGAGCAAGAGGAGGAAGAGGUGGCCGAGGAGGUGGAAGAGGAGGCGGUGGAGGUUUCCGAGGUCGAGGAGGACGAGGAGGUGGUGGCGGAUUCCGCGGCGGUGGACGAGGAGGUGGGGGAGGAUUUCGUGGUGGUGGAGGUUUCCGAGGUGGACGUGGGGGUCGGGGUAAAUUCUAGACAUUUCAAACCACCAUUUUCUGUACUUCAUUAUGUGACAUUGUGGGGAAAUUAUAGGUAUCAAAUGAAUGACUGCUUUUACUGAAGUUUGUUAUGUGAUGUACAUAUGUCAUGAGUGAAAUGAUGUUUAUAGGGAACAUGAUUCAUGUGAAAAAAUGUAAAAUUACUUACUGUAUCGCAGUUUUUAUAUCAUCAUAUACCCCAAUAUAUCUUAGCUUAAAAAGAAAUUCUGAAAUGAUAUACUAACAUUAAUACUUAAGGCACCAUGUACUGUCAUGUACCAAGAUUAUUUCUCUGUUAUCGGUACAUCUUCUCCCUCAGUGUGACUUGACAAAGUUAACAUUAAAGUGAAACUGUAUACUGUGUGUAUGUUGAUAUAAUUGUUAUCAUAGAAAACUUCACAAAGUGUUCUCUGUGGGGAUGUUAUAUGUCUGGUGUGAUUGAAGUACCAUGGAAACUGUUUGAUACAACAUUUAACAUCAAUAUGAUUAACAACACACCUUUUAGGCAAAUUUAAUGUUUGUAUGCUAAGUUGUUAUUCAUAUUCUACGUAAGUCUAAUGUUUACAGAAAUAAGUGAAUUUACAUUUGUGUUCUUUUUAUUGUUUUAUCUAGAAUUCUAUUUCCAUUCUGUCAACAAAAACAUUCAAUUAGGACAUUAGAUGAAACUGUUAUUUUUAAUGCUUGUAAUGUUACUAUUUUAUGUCAUAUCAGCAGUGGAAUUUACUGUCUGAUCAAUACUACUUGUCUGAAGUUUUAGAGGGGAAAUGCUGUGAACAUUGUGUCAGAAUUGUACAUAAUUUACAAGAAAUAAUACAGAUAAUCAUUCAUUGUUGAACACUACAUACUGACCACAUCUUUUUUUGUAAUAUUAAUUGUUUUAACAGAAUGAAAUUGCUUAAAGAGCCAGACCCACUCCUCGACCGAUAUUAUUUUAUGUAAAAAAAAAAAUCAGAAUUUUCUAUUUUUCUCAGGUAGCAAAAGUUCUGACUAACCCUGUAAUACGCAAUUUUAAAGUAAAUCGCUACCAAUCUAACGUAAUAAAUAGUUUUAUAAAAAAUAGUUCGAAAUGACUCGGUGCUAAUUCAUAACUUUGGGGGAAGUCCUGCCCUCUGACGCAUGCGCAAAGAACUGUGAAUGAAUCUGCCGUCUUCCAAGAUGGCAGAAAGCGUGCGAGGGAAGCGGGGAAGAAAACGGAAGAUGGUGCGAGACCAUGAUAUAUCAAAGGCAAAGAUUUGUAUUGGUGAUCAUACGGAAAGCUGGAAUGCUGUGAAGACCGAACUGAAUUUAAAAACAAAUCACGAAGAAGUGGGUAUUUUAUUUGACAGUAAGAACUCUGACCGCGUCUGAACGUAUCACGUGACUUUUCCUCAUCAAUAUUCAUAUCCUGGUGUUGACUAAUGAGACUAAUUCCAGCACCGAUAUCUUCGGUACCCUUUUAAUUUCAAGUUCGAAACUUUGUCUUUAUUUAUAUAUUAUCUAUUAGUAUACAACAACAUUUCCAGUCAACAAAAUAUGAAAAAAUAUCCAUAACGGAGUGGAUCUGGCUCUUUAAGUUCAACAAUAUUUUGCCGAUUACUUUCUCUGAUGUGAACUCAAAUCAAGCCUUAUUUGAUGUGUAAAAUUGAAUGGAAUAUUUCAAUAUGGUCAACACUAUGUGUUUACUUUAUUAAAAACAUGAACUUAA